AUGACAGCCCCUGGCCCGAGCCCAGGUCCGAGCACUCCCACGCUCAAUCUCACCAACAACAACAGGACAACAAGCGAUGACAAUACCGACGGAUCACUCUGGACUGAGAUCCUGGCCAGCACGGAUAGGCAGCAAUCGCUGGGCAGGAAGAAUGUGGUGUUAUUGUCUGAAAGAAAUCACGGAAGGACACAUCUCCUUUCCCAGCUGACCGCCUCUUCUCGGAAAAAGAAGGUACCCAAACCAUCGCAACCACACACCCAAGCUGCCGGAGAGGCGGGUCAAGAGAGAAGGAGCAGGAAGGGUCUUGCCCUGGGAUACGAAGUGAUUGAAGUUGGGGAGGACGAGGAUUCGGCGCCGCCGCUCUCGGUUUUCUAUCCUCCUUCGUCGCAUGCGAGCCUGCUGAGGCUCGUCCCCAGUGCUUUGCCCGCAAAGUCUCUUUCGGAUACUGCCGUCGUCAUAGUUCUGGACUGGACGAAACCACAGUCAAUGCUUCAAGAGCUAUUGACAUGGCUCUCAUGGGUAGAGACAUGGGCAUCCGAGGCAGGCGAGAGGGGUGAGGUAGAAGAGCUGCAUGAGCGACUACAAUCACACUUGCAGCACUAUACCGAGCCGUCACCCGCCAAUGUUGGUACGACCACGUAUGCUGGUGUCGGGCCUUUGUUACCACUUGGCUCGGGUACUUUGACCCUCAACGCCUCGGGGAUCCCUAUCGUUGUGGUUUGUACGAAGGCCGAUCUCAUGGAUAAUGCUGCCGAGGAUGUGGGAGUGAAAGGUGGAGGCUGGGAAGAAAAGACGGAUCGAGCACAGCAGGCACUGAGAACUGUCUGUUUGGCCUAUGGCGCCGCUCUGUUCUACACUGCCCCUACCCAACCUACGACGUACGCUCUCCUGAAGAGUUACCUCCUCCACAGACUAUAUACCGUCCCGCCUCCACUGAAUCCGCCACCAACCUCCCCAAACACCGUAUCCGCACCCGCCAUCGUCGGCUCUACCAAAUUCCCCUUCAACCACCGAGCCAACGUGCUUGACAGAGAUGCUGUCAUGGUACCCAGCGGAUGGGAUAGUUGGGGCAAGAUCAAUGUUUUGAGAGAUGGUUUCGACCCCGCACUGGUGGAGAAGGGUUGGAAAGUCAGCUUGAGCAGGUAUAUUGCCAAGUCUGCGGGUCAGGAGCCUGAAGAGGAUGAUGGAGAACCUCUCGAAGACUUCUGGCAGGCGCUUCUCCCCUCCUUCGCGUCUCCUCCCCCGCCAUCUCCUGCCAACCUUACGACAGUUACCGAGCCCUCCCAAAACUUCCUCUCCCGCCAACUCGACCUCCUCAUGAAAGACCCCAACCGAGACCCCCGCCAAUCUUUCCGACACGCCGCUUCCGCCACCUCAUCCUCCAACGUUCCCUCUGCUACCAACCCCGGCGCGGGUGGGUUCAACAAUACCGCCGUGGGGCCUAUGGGCGGUGCUGCCGAGGGUUUGAGCUUGCCUGGUGUUGAGAAGGUCAUGCAGGAGAUGGAAGGUCGGAUUGGGGAGGGAGAUGAUGCGGAGGAAGGAGAGUUGAAGGACAAGUUUGCGAGGCUGGGGAGGAAGGAUGGGAAAGCUGCGCCGGGGACGCCGGCACCUGCUAUGCCUAACGAAGCGUUGCACAACUUUUUCCAGGGCUUGCUGGCGAACAGGGGCAAGACGGGGGGUAGUGCUGCUGGGACUCCUACGAAGGGAGCUAGUGCUGAAGGGGCGGGGGAGGGCAAGUAG